AUGACAACAAAUACAUUAAUACAACGUAAAGUUCGUGAAUAUGAAAUAUUUUUAAAUGAUCGUCUUCGUGUCGAUUUACAACGUGCAUGGUCAGAACGUGAUCGUAUAUUUUCUGAAAUUGCUGAAUAUGAACGUUUACGUGUUACAUUAAAUACACUUGAUGAAAUGUAUAAAAAUCGUAAAGAAACAGAUGUUGAUGAAUUAUUACAAACACAAAUUGAUAUUGGAUGUUCAUUUUUUGCUCAAGCUGAAUGUUCAAUAAAUAAUCGAAUAUUUAUUUCGAUUGGUUUUGGUCUUUUUUGUGAAUUAACAUAUGAUGAAGGAAAAAAUUUUGUUGAUAAAAAAUUACCUUAUUUACAUGAACAAGAAGUUGAAUUAUCAAAUAAAAUUGCACAUAUUAAAGCUAAUAUAAAAUUAGUUUUAGAAGCAUUAAAAGAAAUACAAACAAUUGAUGAUAAAAAAUCUGAAACAACUAUAUCACCAUUUUGA